UGUUGUUGGUGUAUAUUUAUUUUUGGGAUUUCUAGCUGGUUAUUUGGAGCUGGAUCUCUUACCCAGCCUCACACCCCCGGGAACCCCUUUCAAUUUUUCUCUUCUGGGUGUUUGAUUCUCUUCUUUUUUUUCUUCAUUUCUUGAUUUUUUUUUGUUCGUUUUGUUUCUUCUUCUUCUUGGGGUUUGAUCAGCUCUCGGGGUUGCAGAUUUCUUGAUUUGGGGUUUGUUGUAAUUUUAGUUACAAAUUUAUUUUUUAUCAUCUCUUUGGGAAGUGAUUUCGGUGUCUUGUGGGAAUGUGGAGAGACGCUGGAGCUCCUGCUGAUUCUUUCUAUGAGGUCCGCCCUGAGUGCACCGAUGUUCCCAAAACCCGCUUCAAGAUCAGGGCUGGGAAAACCUUAAGUGUAAGAAAAUGGCAAGCUGCUUUUACACCAGAAGGGGAACUGGACAUAUCAAAGACUCUAAAUCGCAUCCAUCGUGGGGGGAUCCAUCCUGCCAUUAGAGGAGAAGUGUGGGAGUUUCUUCUUGGUUGUUAUGAUCCUAAGAGCACCUUCGAGGAAAGAGAAGCAAUUCGCCAACGUCGAAGGAUAGAGUAUGCCACAUGGAAGGAAGACUGUCGACAAAUGUUUCCUGUCGUUGGAAGUGGUAGAUAUAUCACCGCUCCUGUAAUCACAGAGGAUGGUCAGCCUAUUCACGAUCCCCUUGUACUUUUGGAAACAAAUCCAGAAACGGGUCCGGCUGUACCUCAAGAUCCUAGCACCGGUGAUGUCAAUUCCGAUGGUUCACGCGCAACAGCUAGUAAUAUGGAAACUGUGAAGGAUGAGAAAAUAAUUCAGUGGAUGCUUACUUUACAUCAGAUAGGUCUUGAUGUGGUUCGGACUGACAGAACAUUGGUAUUCUAUGAAAAGCAAGAAAACUUGUCAAAACUUUGGGAUAUUCUCGCGGUCUAUGCCUGGAUAGAUAAAGAUGUCGGCUACUGUCAAGGAAUGAGUGAUCUUUGUUCCCCCAUGAUAAUGCUUCUUGAAGAUGAAGGCGAUGCAUUUUGGUGCUUUGAACGUUUGAUGCGCAGAUUGCGAGGAAAUUUCAGAUGCACUGAUAGCUCUGUGGGUGUGGAAACUCAACUCAAUAACUUGGCUGCAAUCACACAAGUCAUUGAUCCAAAACUUCAUCAACACUUGGAGACACUUGGCGGUGGAGAUUAUCUGUUUGCUUUCAGGAUGCUUAUGGUUUUGUUCCGUCGCGAGUUUUCCUUUUGCGAUUCUUUAUAUCUCUGGGAGAUGAUGUGGGCCCUGGAAUAUGAUCCUGAUCUAUUCGCAAUUUAUGAAGAACCUGAUCUGCUCAAUGAGAAAGCCGAGGGAUCGAAAGGAAAAGCAAAAUCGAUACGUCAGUGUGGGAAAUACGAGAGGGAAAACUUGAAGGCAAAGAACUCACAAGCCCCCCUUCCUAUCUCUGUUUUCCUUGUUGCUAGUGUCUUGAAAGAUAAGAGCACGAAGCUACUCACUGAAGCUCGGGGUCUGGACGACGUUGUGAAGAUAUUAAAUGACAUGACUGGAAAUCUGGAUGCCAAAAAAGCUUGCACUGGGGCAAUGAAGCUUCACAAGAAAUAUCUAAAAAAGGCCAAGAAGCCAUAGCAAUAGAGAAAGCUGGAAACUGUAAUUUUUUUUCCGAUCAUGGAGUCGAUCGGGCAACAAGAUCAAUCGUAUACUUCCUGUAAAAAUCGAUGGCCAGAACUUGUGGAACUAUGCAAUUUUUCUGACCAGCUAUACAUUCCCCACAUAUCAAAAUUUGUUGUAUGUAAAAGUAAUUGUUCAUUUUCUUUUCCUUUUUUUGGAUACUCAAAAAACACAGAGAGAAUAUAUUUUGUGAUAACCAUCUGAUUCUUUGUAACAACUUUAUGCAUAAGGAAGUAAAUAUUAUUUUUA